UUUUGUGCACUCAAGCUUCAAGCUGUUGCAAAAAGGUUUCAUAUGUUCUGUUGUCAUUCAAAUUCUUUAUCCACAUAUGCAUGUCUUGCACUACAAAAAACCUCAACUAAAAACUCAAUCUAUAUUAAGUGUCCUCUUUUAAAACCCUUUUAGGUCAGUCAGCAAUGGCUGCAGCAGAAAUUCCCAGUUACAUUGUCUCUUCUCAGACUGAGAAACACAGGAGGGCCAGAAACUGGACUGAUGCAGAAAUGAGAGGUUUAAUGCUGGUUUGGGAAGAAUUUUUUGAUGAGCUGAAACAAACUAAAAGGAAUGCCAAAGUUUAUGAGAAAAUGGCUAACAAACUCUUUGAAAUGACUGGAGAAAUUCGCCACGGAGAGGAAAUAAAGAUAAAAAUUACAAAUAUGACAUUCCAGUACAGGAAAUUAAAAUGCAUGACUGACAGUGAAACCGUUGCACCUGACUGGCCUUACUACAAAACCAUUGAUAGGAUCUUAUCCAAAGUGACAGACCACAGUGAUGUGAAAAUGCAUGAAAAUCAGCAACCAGGUCCUUCUACAUCACAGACGGAGGCCUCGCAGUCUCCAUCAGCUAAGUCUACACCUCUGUAUUUGCCAUAUAACCAGUUUACAUAUGAAGGAAGGGAAGAGUGCUUUGAAGAUGAACAUUCAGAGAGCUCGUCAAGCUUACUUUCUUACAAGCUGAGAGCUGAAGAAAGACCAGUUAAGAAAAGAAAAAUGCAAAGCUGCAGCUUCCAAAAGAAGAAGCUAAAAAUAAUGGAGGCCAUGUUGGAAGAACAAAAGAAGUUGAGUAGAGCUAUGGAAGAAACCUGUAGAGAAGUGCGCAGGAUUCUGGAUCAGCAAAACAUCAUUCAAGUUCAAAGCUUACAGUUACAAGAGAGAAUGAUGAAUCUACUGGAAAAAAUGAUCUCCAAAUCUAAUGUGUAGUUUCCUUUGUGAAUGCCUCUGAGAUUACUAUUGAUAUUAUAGAUAUCCCUUUAUUGCACACCAUAUGUGUGUCUGUUGCCAUAUUCCCAGGUUUUCCAUGGAAAUUAAAACCCUAGUGUAAUCUUAGUUAAGCAAAGAGAACAGAUAAUGCAGGGCGAGAGCUAUCCAGUAUGAUAAAAUUAGUGCAAUAUAUGCCGAAGUUGAAUUAUUUUUAUAUGGAAAGGUUAAGGGAUGAAUAGCUCUGGGAACUUCAGUACUAUUUAUGCCUAGGUCAGGUAUUGUUUUACGAACAGUGGUGUUGUAUAUUGUUUCACAUCAAGGACUGUAGCUUGACCUGUUGUAGGAGAACGAAAUAGUGCAUUUCUAAACAUGGUAAUUGCAUCUUGACUUUGCUGAUGAUUAAACCCUGUUUUGAAACAUAUGCCGUGAUUGUGCAAGUGAACUAUGGUUCUUGUGAAGAGCUAGUUGGGACCAUGAGAUACAUCAUUUUAAACUCCAUGCCUGAUAUGAAUAGUACUCUAAAGUAUUAGGGUAAAAAUAGUCUAUUCAAAUACACUUUUGAUAUAAAGAGAAAACCCCAAACCCACCUUACUAUAUGCUGAAUACUAAAAUGUAUAGAAGAUACUUGAAGUUGCUUUUGAUAUUAAAUGUUUAAUUUUUUUCAUUAUUAACUGGAAUCUGUUGACUUAAUGAACAACCAGCAAUGAAAACUCUCAUUUAUUCUCUAUCACAAAAGAAAAAUAUUGUAUUGUGUGUAUAUACAUAUAUAUAUAUAUAUAUAUAAUCUAUCAAAUGAAAUAAAGAAAAAGAAGAAAUUUAUUAUUGCUGGGCAGAUAGUAUGCUUUGGGACAAUGAAAAAUACUGGGAGAGACAACCACGGUCAAAGUUUUUAAAUUCUUAAUUGCAGUGCAAAGAUCUAUACUGAUGCCCAAAAUAUAGAGAUGGAAGUCAUGAAGAACAUUCAAUACCUCUACAGUAGUAGUUGCUGGUGGCACAGCUUCGGUGUGCAAUUAGAGGUUUUAAGGUGUGGUCUGUAAGGAAGAUCAACAUUGAUAUACCACAAGAGGGAGCUGGAGGCAUAAAGGAUUGUAUUUAAGUCGUUAAGAUGAGGUUCCAGCAAAUGUUUCAUUCUUCAAUGAAAUAUGACAUUGAAAUAACCUUUUACAUAAAUUUAAAAAUUCAUCGGCUGAAUUUCCUAUAUACCAUUUCUUUUUGCAUUCUCCUUGAAAAACAUAUUUCUGCUGCUUUCACUGUAUUUGCAAGACUGAAGGUUAGAUUCAGAUAUAGAAGUAUGGAAUUAAUGGUAGUACUAGGAACUCAGGCCAUUUUCCAUUCCCACUAUUAAAUAAUGCUCCCUCUUGAAACUUGCUUUUGAAUUUUUGCAUUUUCCUAUAUAUUUUAACAUAUUGUUGUCUAAGCUAAUGUUAGCUAAACUAUUUUAAAACCCAGACCCAGCCAAUUAAUCUGUAAUUAUGCUUAGUGAACAGGAUAAAGGUUAUACUCACCAAGCAAAGUAAUAAUAUGUGGAAAUGUUUCUUAGAAGAUCCUGCAGGUAUGAAGAUUACGAAUGAUUAAGUAUGUAAGUGUGGCCCAUUCCUAGAGAGUUUAAUUCAUGAUAACAGGAUAAUGCAAAUGUAGUAGAAGACUGAACCAGCAGAAAAUGGUGGCUGCUGAAAAUAACUUUCCUUCACUCCACCUUUACUACAGUGAUUGGGUGACUGGAAAAAGGGCAAGUGUCUGCAAAGAUAGGGUGAUAGCUGACAUUUAGCAAAAGUGAAAUUCCAAAUACUUUUGUGUAUGUAAAUUGAAUUAGUCAUAUCUGGAAGAGAAUCAUAAAACCUUAUUAUAUCUCUGCCUGCAGAGCUACUGUUAAAAGCAGGACUGUUCCUAAUGUUAUAUAGGUGAUCAGAAUACUUGCAAGAGCAUUGUCAUACAGGCAUAUAAGAGAGAGGGCAUAUAUGUUGUGUGCUUUGUCAUGGUUUUGCACAUUCCAAAUGUAGAUCUGUAACAGAUUUGGGUAGGCUGAUGUAUCCAUGUUGUAGUGCUUCCUGACACUUUAAGUUGUUUACAGUAAGAUAUAAAGAAACUCUCCCCUGACUCCACAGGGAUUAAGAAUAUUUGCUGAUAUUAUCUACUUGAACCUUAUAGCAAUUAAAUCCAAUUAAUGAGCAAUAACAAUGGCAGCGUAUGUGAACCUUGUUCCGUAGAGUAGGUAGCCCCUCUCCUUGCAUGCUAAGAGAAUUGUAACUCCAGAGCUGUAGGAACAGGAAUGGAGGAAAUCCACUGAUUCCUUGCCUGCUACCACAAGCAACCGUGUCAUAAUCCCUUUUGUAAAUGUGUGGACCUUAAAAUGAAUUAGGUGUUUUGUCCCCAGAAUUAUAUGAAGAGCUGCAUUAGAGAUGGGUAAACUGCAGUUUAGAAGACUGCUUCUAGGAUUAUUCCUGCUCAAUUUAUACCAAUUUCUUCUUGUAUCAACACUGUGAUUUUGCCACUUGCUGUAGCAUUUACUCUUGAGAGCCAGAGGUCAUGUCCCAUGCAGCCCUUCUUCAGAAGACUAACACUCUUUAUAAGGUAGGGAUUAUUCUAAUGACUGUUUUGUUAAUUUUGCUCUUUGAGUCCAUCCUUUUUAAAGAUGAAUGACCAGAAUGAUAUACAGCAUUCUAGAUGAGACUCCAAACAUUGUCUUAUGUAACUACAUUAAAGGAAGUGGUGUUUUCUGGA